AUGGGGCUGUGCUACAGUCUGCGGCCGCUGCUCUUCGGGGACCCCGGGGACGACCCCGGCACGGCCUCGGAGCCGCUGGGGGAGGACGCGCGGCCCGGCGCUCCAGCCCGGCCCCUGACCGGGACCCCGCCACCUCCGGGCGGUGGCCAGAGCCCGACGCGCGCGCGGCCCGAGGAGGAGCAACGAUCGGAGCGGCGGCGGCGGGCGGAACCCGUGCGCGCCGAGGAGCGCGAGGCGGCCCGGGAAGCGCGGAAAGUGAGCCGGGGCAUCGACCGCAUGCUGCGCGAGCAGAAGCGCGACCUGCAACGCACGCACCGGCUCCUGCUGCUGGGGGCUGGAGAGUCUGGGAAAAGCACUAUCGUCAAACAAAUGAGAAUCCUGCACGUCAAUGGAUUUAAUCCCGAGGAAAAGAAACAGAAAAUUCUGGACAUCAGGAAGAAUGUCAAAGAUGCUAUUGUGACGAUUGUCUCAGCGAUGAGUACUAUAAUACCUCCGGUUCCACUGGCCAACCCAGAAAACCAGUUCCGGUCAGACUACAUCAAGAGCAUAGCCCCUAUCACCGAUUUUGAAUAUUCCCAG